AUGUCCUCAUCAAGACUACUCCCCGUUCUUUUCGCCGGCGGUGUCGGUGUCAUCGGCGGUAUCUAUAUCUGGAACCAGCCAAUGCAGGAGCUGUCUGGCAAGGGACCUGCGCCCGCCGCCGUCACGGAGGGAAGAAGCCAGAACAUGAAGGAUGGUCAGCAUGAGUCUGGCUCGUCAACUCAGCCGCACACUGCAUUGAGAUAUGGCGGCGCUUCACCUGUGAAGCACGACACGCAGUCUAUUGCCGGAACAACUGCCGAGGCAAAGCGGGGCAACUCAGCCGACCACAAUGUCAAGACCCGUUCAAACCCCGACGAGCAGGACGGAACCUCGGGCGGUGGUGUUGGUGUAGCAGAGAUGAGGGAGAGGAAGAUGAAGGGUAUGGGUCUGCCAUCGCCUCAGGGCGGCGACACCAAGGCUCAGCCGGUCGAGGCUCGUGCGGCAGACGGGGAGAUGGGAGGUGUCAAGAAGCAGAAGAGCUGGUGGUUGGGCGGAUGGUAA